AUGUCCGCCUUUUUGUACACCCACCACCACCAGCAACAACAACAACAACACCCUCACCACGGCAUGCCUUCAAAUAACCAUCACGGACGUACUCGCCGUGGUCCCAAGAUGGCUCAGCACAAUGCUCAGCGCCAAUUUCGAGGAGUCAAGAGCAUGCGAGAACUGGCCGAAGCCCCCGCGGUGACAGCUUUCCGAGCGAGAUUCGAGGCCGGUCGUUCUUUCGACCUCGAUGAUGAUUUGGAGUUUUGCCCCAACCUCCUGACUGAUGAAGAUCUGCACUCGAUUCACUCUGCCUCGUCUGACCGGUCCUCGCUCUCCAGCGGGUCGCCCGACACCUCGCCGUUGCAACACCAGAUUCAGCCGGUUCAGCAGGUCACUCCUUCCAUCUCCCUGUCUCCCGCCCAGACCAACUCUUUUGUCCAUGGUGUCGCUGCCAACCACAACCACGUCAACUACCAGCAACAGCCCCAGGCCAACCGGACUCGGAAAGUCAUCCCUAUUGUCAACCCCAAUACCGGGAUGACCAUGACCAGCCCGCCUUCGUCGAUUUCGCCAGCGAUGAUGCAGACUGCUCAGCGUCGAUGGUGA